AAUACGUGCGAAACUUCAGCCAUUCGCUUUCUACUAUUAUGGCGGGUGAUGAUGGAGAAUUGCCGAUCUUGUCCUCCAACAAUGACGAUAUAAUCGUCGAGAUACUUUCAUGGCUACCGGUCGUAUCUCUCCUCCGAUUCCGUUGUGUAUGCAAGUCAUGGCGCGCCUUAAUCACUACUCCCCAGUUCGUGGCCAAGCACCGAGCACAUACCAACGACAGCAACAAGAAUGUCCUGAUUCUCACGAAACCGUACUGGCCGCCGCCAGCCCCGCCACCACCCCCCUCUGUAUCUCCCCUACUGAUUGACUACCAAUCACUGAAGACGAAUGUUGCCGCCUGCACCUCUGCCUCUUCAUCAGCGAUACGAAGCAACCAUAGAGACGUUGAAGCUGAAUUUCCAGAUGAUACUAGCCUCAACGAUUCAUCACUUGUGGGUUCUUGCAAUGGUCUCAUCUGCCUACUACUUAACCCUCCACUUGAAUACUAUAAGGAAUACUAUGAAAAUAUAAGACUUCUCUUGUGGAACCCUAGUACCAGAACAGCCCGUAAGGUACCGGACAUUGAUUGGUUUUUUUUCAGACCAUGUUAUUACGGAUUCGGCUACGAUUCCACCACUCAAGACUACAAGGUCCUUUUGGGCGGUAUAAGUGCCAAAGAUAGAUUUGCUGCAAUCUUCUCACUCAAAGCGGCUUCAUGGAAGAUUGUUGUAGACUCCCUCAAGCCUGCGGCCUCGUUUGGUAUUGAUGGACGAGGGUGCUUCUUAAAUGGAGCUCUACAUUGGAAUCAUAGACACGAUAACGGGACAAUAAUCAGGUCCUUUGAUUUCGCACAGGAGAAAUUUCAUUCGUUUUCCUUUAUUAGGCAUAACAAAUGUAAUUGGGCGCGAGUGGGGACUACUGGAAAUCGUCUAUUCUUUCACACUUUCUGCCCUGAUUCCCAAAAUUUGCCUGACUUUUGGGACACUGGCCUUACCAUGUGGGUGAUGAUGGAAUAUGGCGUCGAUCAAUCUUGGACUAUUUUUGCAAAAAUUCGCCCGGAGAUUUUCCCUCCUAAUGUGUGGUCGUUGAAUCCUUUAUUCCUCGACGAUGGUGCACUUUUGAUGGAAUCGGAUCGAGGUGACUUGGUAUCAUAUAUGCCUAAGGAAGAUACAUGCAGGAAUGUGCUCGACAAUUCUGAUGUUGAAAAAUUGAGAGCUUCGUCUUCGUCUGGGCGUGGAGUAAUGGUUAUGUACGUAGGCACUUUGGUUUCACCGGCGACAGGUGGCGGCUAGCUGAUACAUUUUGAUUUGUAAGAUACCAAAUGGUAUUGUGAGCCUCGUCUCUCUUUUGCUCUUUUUAUUAAUUUAACAAUGUAUUCAAGGUAGCGAGUAUUAUUUAAUGCAAUUGAGAAUUAUA